UUCACUUUCAUUUUGCUUUACAUGAAAGGUGAUAGACUCAAGCUGUAGACCUAUACUGCUCUGUGACCCUGACUCAACACACAACCUGCUUGUCUGAAAGUGUCAACGAUUUCAAAGGGGAGAAAGAAAUGUCUCAUGAUGACGGACCGAGUAUGUUCCAAGACCUGCUGGCGGAGAGGGUCCGGCCCUUCAUUGACCUUGUAGACGACAUGAGAUCCAUAGGGAUAGAUAAGGAGCUGCCACUGCCAUCCAUUGCUGUGGUGGGAGACCAGAGUUCAGGAAAGAGCUCUGUGCUUGAGACCCUUUCUGGGGUGGCGCUGCCCAGAGGGACUGGUAUUGUCACCAGGUGCCCACUGCUACUUCAACUCUGUAACGACAGGACAGUGAAAUGGGAGGCUGUCAUCUCAUACGGAGGGAAAGACUUUGAGUUUGACGAACCUUCAGAAGUCGUGAGACAUGUUGAACAAGCUCAGAACAUGUUAGCUGGAAAGGGAGUGGGGAUAUGUGAAGACCUGAUCACUCUAAAGAUAACAUCCUCCACGGUGUGUGACCUCAGUCUGAUUGACUUACCAGGGAUCACCAGGGUGGCAGUGAAAGGACAACCAGAAGACAUUGGAGUCCAAAUCAAUAAUCUCAUUUCGAAAUUCAUAAAGAAUAAGAGAACCAUUAUUUUGGUGGUGGUACCAUGUAAUGUUGACAUAGCAACAACAGAGGCCCUGAAAAUGGCACAACAAGUGGAUCCUGAUGGCACAAGAACUCUGGCCAUUCUGACAAAGCCAGACCUGAUAGACCCAGGAGCAGAGAAGAAUGUGUUGGAAAUUGUCCACAAUAGAGUCAUCUUUCUCAGUAUGGGCUAUGUCAUUGUGAAAUGUCGUGGUCAAAAGCAAAUUGAUGAAAACAUGUCAAUAACCCGUGCGAUUGAGGACGAGCUGGAAUUCUUCCAAAAUCACCAGCUCUUCAGAUCCCUUGUGCGUGAGGAGAAGGCAACCAUCAAGUGCCUAGCCAACAAGCUCACCAAUGCCCUGGUCAAACAGAUCAAGACAUAUCUUCCCCAGAUGUCUGAGAAGAUAAAGGAGCAGCUGGUGGAGGUAAAGAAUUUGUUGAAUAAAUUAGAGGGCGGGCCUCCCGUGGAACCUGAAGAGAAGAGGAAGUACCUCAUUCAGGUCAUAACAGAUUUCAAUGAGCAGAUUACCCAACUGUCCAAAGGGGAUAUUAUCGUUGAGGAGAAUCUGUUUGUUCUCAUGCGAAAGGAAUUUACACAGUGGAUUGAAUGUCUCAAAAAUGCCAAAUCAAACUACCACGAAGUAGUGCAACAAGUGGUGGAUGAAUAUGAUCAGGAGCACAGGGGAAGUGAGCUGCCAGGAUUCAGUAACUACAGGGUAUUUCAACAUGUUGUUCAGAAACUAGUGGCUGAACUUAAGAGACCAGCCAUGACGACACUACAGACAAUCAGAGACAUGGUGCAGAAGCAAUUUGAUCAUUUGUCCAGAGAGAGCUUUAAGAAUUAUCCUUAUCUUCAUCUGGUCUCAAAGAAAAACAUUGAAACAAUCCAGGAAAAGCAGUCAAACAUAGUGAAGGAGAGGAUCGUGGAGCAGUUUGAGAUGGAGAUGCAGGUCUACACACAGGAUGAAAUCUUCAACACACAGAGUCGAAAGGAGGGAACAGCAGAAGACAAAGAGCAAGACACCAGGAGCAAGUACCCUGGGCUGCUCAGGGCAUACUAUGAGAUUGUGGUGCAAAGACUGGCUGACCAGGUGCCCAUGAUGAUCUGUUACUUCAUCCUGAAGCAGUCAGCCAAGAUUGUGUGCAGUGAAAUGCUGGAUCUGCUACACAGAGACGACACUGAUAACAUCCUACAGGAGGAUUCAGAGAUCGGACAGUAUCGUGCAAAGUUGCAGGCCCAAGCGGAUCGCCUUCUACUGGCCAAUGACAAAAUCAGCAGCUUCUGAGAAGGGACCAAGCGGAUCGUCUUGGACUGGCCAAUGACAAGCGCAUCACCUUGGACUUGCCAAUGACAAGCGGAUCACCUUGGACUGGCCAAUGACAAGCUGAUCACCUUGGACUGGCCAAUGACAAGAUUAGUAGACUUGGGUUGACAAUUUGUCAAUGCAGAAAUUCUGAGAUGUAGCCAACAACGCCUGCAAUAAUUGUACCUACAUUUGAUCAGCAUACAGAACAUUUUAUAUGUUGGGCAUCUCUACAUUUGAUCAAAAAUGUGUUUAAAAAAAAUAUGAUGUGACAGUUAUAUCAUCACAUAACUGCAUUGUGUUAUUAUGUUUAUCUCAAAAUGGAAAUAUGUGAAGACGGUUGAUAAUGUUAUUUAAAGUGACAAUCGAAAUGAAGGUUGUAUCCAUUUUCUGAUUGGUCAGAGCAGAUCAAUGUUGAGAAUAAUUGUAUAAUGGCAUUAUAAUUACUUGAUACCUGUUUUUUUUAAACGUGUUGAAGAUCAGCGUGGCAGAUGUGUUGUUACCUACCCUCACCACCUGGGGGCGGCCCGUCAGGAAGUCCAGGAUCAAAGAUGCAGAGGGAGGUGUUUAGUCCCAGGGUCCUCAGCUUAGUGAUGUGUUGUUACCUAUCCUCACCACCUGGGGGCGGCCCGUCAGGAAGUCCAG